AUGUCCGCCAGGGGGCGAGCCCUGGCCGUCCUGGGCGUCGUCCUGGUUGUGGCCGGCAGCCGAGUUCUCCUCCCGUUCCUGGGAGCCAAGGACCUGCUCUGGGGUAAGUGACAGGGGGACCCGCCCGUGCUCCGCGUCCUGGAGGAGAGCCGGCUCCUGGUGGACGGCGCCAUCCCCAGCACCGUGGAGAGAAACCUCAGGAAGAGGGAGGUCGCCUCUCCGUCUCAGCUCCUGUCGGCUUCCAAGCUCCCGGAGCCCAGCAGCCAGGCCGUGUCCCGCGCGGCGGAGGUCAUGGAGGCCUCGGUGCAGGCGCUGAGGCGGCAGGCUCGCCCGGGGCGGGCGCUGCUCCCGACGGACGCCCUGCCGGCCGACGUGCUGAGCACCAUCGCGAACCUGUCGGGCUGCCUGGCCCACAUGCUGCCCCCCCGCUGCCCGGACUCCUGCCUGGCGGACAAGUACAGGCUCAUCACGGGCGCCUGCAACAACAGAGACCAUCCCAGGUGGGGCGCCUCCAACACGGCCCUGGCCAGGUGGCUGCCGCCCGCCUACGAGGACGGCAUCAGCGAGCCCCGAGGCUGGAACCCCCACUUCUUAUACAACGGGGUCCCCCUGCCGCCGGUCUGGGAAGUGACGCGGCAGGUCAUCCAAGUGCCCAACGAGGCUGUGACCGAGGACGACCAGUAUUCGGACCUGCUGGUGGCGUGGGGGCAGUACAUCGACCACGACAUCGCGUUCACGCCGCAGAGCGCCGGCGGAGCUGCGCUCGGGGGAGGGGCCGACUGCCAGCGCACCUGCGAGAGCCGGCACCCGUGCUUCCCCAUCCAGCUCCCGGCCAACGCCUCGGGGACCUCGGGCACCACCUGCCUGCCCUUCUACCGGUCGUCCGCCGCCUGUGGCACCGGAGCCCAAGGCGCCUUGUUCGGCAACCUGUCCGCGGCGAACCCACGACAGCAGAUGAACGGGCUGACCUCCUUCCUGGACGCGUCCACCGUGUACGGCAGCUCCCCCGCCCUGGAGAAGCAGCUGCGGAACUGGACCAGCGCGGAGGGGCUGCUGCGGGUGAACACGCGCCACGCGGACGCCGGCCGCGCCUACCUACCCUUCGCCCCGCCGCGCACACCCCCGGCCUGCGCCCCGGAGCCCGGGGCCCAGGGCCCCGCCCCCUGCUUCCUGGCCGGGGACAGCCGCGCCAGCGAGGUCCUCUCCCUGACGGCCCUGCACACGCUGUGGCUGCGCGAGCACAACCGCCUGGCUGCGGCGCUCAAGGCCCUCAACCCGCACUGGAGCGCCGACACCGCCUACCAGGAGGCGCGCAAGGUCGUGGGCGCCCUGCACCAGAUCAUCACCUUGCGGGAUUACGUCCCCAAGAUCCUGGGCCCCGAGGCCUUUGAGCAGCACGUGGGCCGCUACGAGGGCUACGACCCCACCGUGGACCCCACGGUGUCCAACGUGUUCUCCACGGCCGCCUUCCGCUUCGGCCACGCCACGGUGCACCCGCUGGUGCGGCGGCUGGACGCCCGCUUCCAGGAGCGCCUGCCCCCGCUGCUGCUGCGCGACGCCUUCUUCAGCCCCUGGAGGCUCCUCAAGGAAGGCGGCGUGGACCCCCUGCUGCGGGGGCUCCUCGUCCAGCCGGCCAAGCUGCAGGUGCCGGCCCAGCUGAUGAACGAGGAGCUGACCGACAGGCUGUUCGUGCUGUCCAGCGAGGGCACCUUCGACCUGGCGUCGCUGAACCUGCAGCGGGGCCGGGACCACGGCCUGCCAGGGUACAACGCCUGGAGGGCGUUCUGCGGCCUGCCCCGGCUGCGCUCCCGGGCUGACCUGAGCCGCGCCGUCACCGACGGGGACGUGGCUGAGAGGAUCCUGGCCUUGUACCAGCACCCCGACAACGUGGACGUCUGGCUGGGCGGCUUGGUGGAGCACCCCCUGCCGGGCGCGAGGACCGGCCCCCUGUUCGCCUGCAUCGUCGGGAGGCAGAUGAAGGCCCUGCGGGACGGGGACCGGUUUUGGUGGGAGCACGGCGGCGUGUUCACCGAGGCGCAGCGGCGGGAGCUGCAGAAGCACUCGCUGUCCAGGGUCGUCUGCGACAACUCCGGCCUCGCCCGCGUGCCCGCCGACGCCUUCCGAGCGGCGCGGUUCCCCCGGGACUUCCGGCCGUGCGAGGACAUCCCCGGCCUGAACCUGGACGCGUGGCGUGAGGCGGCUCCCCCAGGGGACGCCUGCGGCUUCCCCGGGGGCGUGGAGAACGGGGACUUCGUGCUCUGCGGCGAGGCCGGGCGGCGCGUGCUGGCGUACUCCUGCCGGCACGGGUUCGAGCUCCGAGGCCCAGAGCAGCUCAAGUGCACCCCCCAAGGCUGGGACUCCCGGCCCCCGGUUUGCUCAGACGUUGACGAGUGCAGGGCCGGGCCGGAGCCCCCCUGCCGCGCGCCGGCCCGCUGCCGGAACACCAAGGGCAGCUUCCGCUGCGAGUGCCCGGACCCGCACGUGCUGGGGGAUGACGGGAGGACCUGCGUCGACUCCGGGAGGCUCCCGAGGGCAUCCCUGGUGUCCAUCGUGCUGGGUGCCCUGCUGGUCUGCGUCCUAGCGGGUCUCACCUGGACGGCCAUUUGCUGGUGGACACACUGUGACUCCAAGUCCCCGCUGCCGGUCACGGAGAGAGACGGGGCGGCGGCCUCCCCGUCGGGAGGAGGGAGAUGCCAGGACCCCGACUCUGCCCCGAGGGGGGCCCUGGAGCAGCUGGGGCCGUGGGCCAUCGCUGCAGCGUCUCUCACGCAGCGGCUGAGGACGGCUGGGGAGACCCGGGGGCUGGCAGAAAGUGUGGGCCGCCAUGAAGAAUGA